UGGAGUCGGACGCAGAUCGGCCACCGUGAGCGAUACUCCGUCGAGCGGAUGCUGGCUCUCCGCGACUAUUACGAGCAAGCGUCACUGCUUCGGGUCCUGUUCGUGUGCCUCGUCACGCCGUUGCCGGCGUUCGCGGCCGUGAUUCUGAUCGAGUGCAUCCCGUUGCGUUCCCCUGGUGAGGGGUGGCGCGCCAACUACGCGUUCUGGGUCCGGCUGUUCCUGUCGAGCUUCCCCAUGGCGGUGGGCGGCGUGCUGCAGGUGAAGCAGGUGAUCCCGCCGGGGAUCAUUUCGUACCGAGCCACGGUUGCUAUUGGGUUGGGGACGGCGGUGGGUUAUGUGUCGUGUGCGCUUGGUCUGGCGGCGUUGUGGACGUUCCCGGUGCCGUUCGGCUACGCGUUGAUGGUGGGUCCGUUCGUGUGUUUCUUCAUGGCGAGCGUUUGUGUUGUGGUUGGGCCGAAGAUGUUGUCGAACUCGCCGAUGCUACAUCGCCAGAUCUUUACGCAGAUGUUGGUGAUCGCUGCACAAGGGACGUUGGCGAUCGCGUACCCGACAUUUGGAGCCAUCUUCAACCAACUAUCAAUCAUCGGGCAGACCGUCUUCAUCUUUGUGCUACCCAUGAUCAAGUUCAGUAUCAAGCAGUUCAUUGCCAAUACGUCAGCACAUCUGCACGAAUAUGUUGGGCCAACGGUUGUGCUCUCGGUGGACGUGUGCAACGUUCUCUACGUGGCUAUCUGCGUGCAGACAGCAGUCUCCCCACUAACUUCAGGCUUACAAAUCGCUUCGGACGCCUUUUUCGUGGUA